GGUUUACGAGGAACCUGUUGGAGAUGUGUAAAUGUCACAUCUGUGGUGUAGUCUGCUAUUUAGUUAUAAUUUGAUGAUAGAAAGCUGUGUUUUACGAAUUAACGUUUAUCAGCCAUAGAUCUGAAAAGGAAAAAAGGGAAUAAAUUUUCAAAGGAUGGCUACUUCUGACAGUGAAGCAUUUGAAAGUGCUGAUGAGGAUUUUGAUUUUGAUAUUGACUCUCAUGUGUCUGCUGCAUCACAUAAGAAAAGUCCCAGAGACAAUUGUGAAGUUUUGAACAGCCUGAAGGCUGGUGGGGAUGGUCUUGUUGCUAAGGAAAUAGAAAAAUCUGAGAGAUCACAGGUCAUUGAAGAUGAUAAAAAAUUGGAGGACAGUUUGAAGUCUCUAGAAAUUAGUGAAACUUUAGUUCAGGUGAAAGAUGACUCCAAAGGUUUUAGUGUUGGUGACAAAAGUGAUAGCAGUGAUAGUGAUGGAGGUGGUGAUAGUGUAAGAACGCUCAAAGGUGACAAUAAACCAAAACAAGAUCCUGUGACAGCAGUGCCAAUUGAAAAUGAACUCCUUGAAACAAAUACACCAUCAAAGGACAGUUCUGUGCCCUCAGAAGUUAACACAAGUGAUGAUCAGAUCAAAACUGAUGCAGAUAGUGUUAGAAGCAACAGCAGUUCUAGAAAACAUGAAAAGAAAAAAAUGCAAACAAGAGAGACAAAACCAAAAAGUUCAAUAAAAAAGUUAGGAACAAAAAUCACAUCAAAGUCUGCGACACCUAUCUCUGACAGUGGAACUAGUAGUGACUCUGUUGCCUGCAGUAAUCAGUACAAGGAAAGCGUACAGAGUGAUAGCCUGACAAACACAAGAGAAUCAGAAAAAUUAUUAGAACCAAUAAGUACAGAUCCGGACAGCACAGUUUCAACAGGAAUGCAAUCUGAAAAAAAUGAAGAGAAAAUUAGCUCUGUCCUGGAGAAACUUACGGAAACAUCCCAUGCGAAGGAAGGCAGUGGAUGGGGAGGAUGGGGCAACUGGGGUGUUUCUUCUCUCUUGUCAACUGCUACAGAAAGUGUCUCAACUCUGACCAGUCAAGUCACUCAUGGAUUCAGCAGUGUUCUUGAAACAGGAAUUGGAAUUCCAGACCCAGAAGAGCUAGCCCGUCUUGAUGCAGAACGUGAGCGGAAGAGUCAAAACAAAUGCAGCAGUGCAACUCAUGUGUCUGAGGAACCUGAAACAGGAAGUGCACAGUCAGUUCCAGACGAAAAAUCGACAGAAAGUCAGUCACAAGAUGGUGCAGGAUUGUUUGGCUUCAGCCGUGUCUUUUCUGGUGUGUCCACAAUAACAAAGCUUGUGGAGUCCACGGGAAGCAAAGUAAUUACUGGUGGUCUUGACACAUUGGAAACUAUAGGAAAAAAGACAAUGGAAGUAUUACAAGAGGGUGAUCCCGGUCUGAGAAAAAAGAGAGAGAUUUUCUCAGAGAAAAUUAUCCUCUCACAGGUUUUGAGAGAAGCAAAAGAGAGAGCUGAAAUGGAAGAUAAAUUAAAUGAAGAUAAAGAAGUCUUGAGGAAAGCACAUUUCGAAACUCUGUUUGAUGAUUUUCAAGGUCUUGUGCACUUGGAAGCUCUUGAAAUGCUGUCUAAGCAGUGUGAGCUCAAAGUGGAAGCCAUUCUGCAGUCUCUAACUGGUCAAGUUGCAGUUGAACUGCAAGACAAGAUGACUGCAUUAAAAGAGUUAUGUGAAAUUCCUGAUGAUGAUGCAGAUGAGACAGAAGACCAAAGCACAAGUGAUGAGUGGCUAAAAAGUCUUGCCGAAUCCUCCCAUGAUCUUGGAGUGAAUGUACCUGUUGAUAAAAUUGCAAAUAGCUGGUCAGAGACAAUACAAUGGCUCAGUGAGUAUUCACCAGAAAUUAGGCCCCAAGAAUUCCACCAUAAAGCUAUUUCAUCACUAGCUAGACUUACAGCAGUGUCUGUAGAACAAUUCCACAAGACUGCAGAAUUACUGUUGGUAAAGGAAGAUCGAGAUCCGUUCCAAGAGGCUCACUGUCUCCAAGAAAUGACUCUUUUAUUGUCAGUCCACAUCAGUAUACUGGCUGCAAAAUUUUCUGACACCCUGUCUUCUCGUGAAGAAGAAGAAGAAAGCUCAGGAUUAACGUCUGUUAGUGAUAUAAUCACAAACAUUUUUCUUGAGGCCUCCAAUAGCAGUUCUUACAUAAAAGAAGCAUUUCAACUCAUUAUACCAGUACUACAACUGGGUGUGAAGCCAUAAUAUGAAAAUGACUUACAAUAUCAUCACACUAAUUGGAGUAACUGGUGUACUGUCAUGUUAUGCGCAAUAGUACUGAAACAAUGUUUAUUAAAACACCCAGGGAAAUAUUAACCUCAAGCUUUCGAGGAUCCCUCUAACUCAAUAUGAAAGCAAAAUGGAACAGAGAAGAUACCAAACAAAAAGAUGUGUCACCCACUAAGUAUUAAUCCCAGUCCUGGUGUCCAUUGUACCCUGCACUGUCAUUCUCUUCAUUCCCCCACCUCUCACUCUCUUGCCUCUGCAGAAGAGAGCCUGUUUUUAAAGUAUUUAAGACAUCAGGUGUGCUACAUUUUUCACUCUACUUGUUGACGCAGCUGUAUUUAUGUACCAUUGCACCUAAUAAAUUAUUAAAGUGGUUA